UUAGCAGAGCUGAUUAUACACAUUUCCAACAAUGAACAUGACGUUUUGAACUGUCAAUCCGCUAACAAAUUUCUUUUUAUCUAUACAAGCUACAAGGAAAGCAACGUAAACCGGACAUCUCAAUUUGAUUUUCAAACAUUUAAAAUUAUCAGACACUCCAUUUAAAUUAUUCCUCUGAAAACAUUGGUAUACCAAACGAAAGAAUAUGGCCGAUGAUGAAAACCAGCCACCAGAUGACGCAGUAGUAGCAGAAAAUCCUGGAUUUUCUUUGAACUUCUCAAGAUUCUAUUUCACAUCUUGAACUGGACUUUAAUUGUUAAGCUACUUCUACAAAGACCAACUCUACCAGUUGCUGAGACAAUUGAUAUAACAACAAAGAACUUGAAAUGCGGCGAGCACAAGAAUCUCUUUUGGGGGCAAAUGAUGCAGCCCCAGCAGAUGAAGCAGCCGAAGGCGAGGAAGAAUCAGCAGCUCCAGCUGCAGAAGAUGAGGGAGAAGCUGAACCCACAGGAGAGGAACCUCCAGCAGCUGGUGAUGAAGGAGGUGAUGAACAGCAAGAAGAGGAGGGACAGAAAGAAGAUGAGGGAAUGACAGAGGAUGCUGCAAAAGAGAAGGAUAAGAAAAAGGAAACCAAAAAACUCUUUGAUAGUAAAGGCAGUUUGCUGGAAACUGAGUCAUUUGUGCGGGAAAAAUUGGAAGAGUUCAAACAGAAACGGGCAGCAGUAGCAGUGCUGAUCGGUGAUUUGCAAGGGAAAGUUAAAGAGUACAAAGAGAAAGAAAAUCCCACUGAUGAUGAUAUUGCAAAUCUGAAAAAGUACCAUGCAGCUUUUCUUGAGAAACUUGGCGAGUACGAAGACAUGACUAGGAGCCUGGAGAGGCUGAUGGGGAUGGCAGAUGUGCCAACUUCACAACUUGACAUGACUAUGUCGGGACCUCCAUUCUCAAAGCCAGCAAAACUGGAGACUCCUGCUCCCGAGAAGCAGCCUGAACUGUCUGUACUGGACACUGAUUUGGAGGACAAGUUGCCGAAGCUAAUCGUGUGUGGGACAGAUAUGGGUGACAAUGUCCCAAGGAUUAUAGUUUGUGAGCCGUUGAAGAGAGCCGACUUGGAGCCUUUUUCUAAGUCAUCAGGAGGAGUUGGUAGUGUUGGUGAAGGUGCAGGUGUUAUCCAGAAGUUAAACAAAUGUCUUGAAACUCAGCAAGAACUAGCUGCUGAAAAUGCAGAAAUGGCUAAAAUGAGACACCAACUCCAACAAGAACUUCUGGACAAGCAAGAUAUGCUUGACUGCAUGAAACAGAAAAUGAUGACUAUGGAGUGCGAGAAGUACAGAAUCCAAUCUGAGAACUGUGAAUUACAAAAGCGAUUGAUAAUGUCACAGAAGCCCGGAGACCCACCGAUGUGCAAACGUGAGCUCUACAUGAAGUUGAGAGGAACAUCACCUGAUGCGUGCCCCAUGGGGGGCAACAAGGACCUGGAACAAGAAUUGGAAAAGAUGGGUGGUGAUGUCAAGAAUAUAUAUUCCGAGCUAGAAUGUAUGCAGAAAGAAAAACUGGCUCUGGGGUAUUCUACAUCAGUAAAGAAAAGGGUAUGUAUGGAUGAAAAUUUGAGUAAGGCAGAUGAAGAAGCUAAGAAGAUUGGAUUUGAUGGAGAGGGCAUGCAGAAAAUACCCUCAACUUCAGAAGUUGGGCACUUGAGUUACAUGGAGGAAAAAAUUAACGCAUGUUGUGGUGACACAAAUAACAUGUACCCUGAAGGAGUAUGUAUGAUGGAGAGGUUCAACUUUGGAGGUUCAGGUUCCCCUAGGAAGCCAGUCUGUAAGCGUAUGUUGCCACAAAAAUCAACCCAAACGGAUGCGGACAAGGAAAAGGACAUUCUGUUUGCUACAGACAAGGAUCCCAAGAUGAAAGACCUGAGAGAGCAAUACCAAAGGCUCCAUAGUGACUUUAAAAACAAAGUAACUGAGGUCGCAUCUGUCCGAGUUGAUCUGGAGAAAACCAAAAAGGAGCUGGACGCCAUAACAAUACUACAUCAUGAACUGGAAGCAAUACACCAGAAGACAUUGGAUGAGAAUACAGCCUUAAUGGCAGAGAAAAAUCAGAUGCAAGAAUUGAAAGAUAAAAUGAAUGACUUGGAGCAGCAAGCUAAUGUAGCUAAGCAGAUGUACAAGACAGGUCAAGAAGAGAUGGAAGAGAUGAGGUUACUUAUAGAAGAACAGGCUACACAACUAGAUGAUUAUAGGAACAAGUACAUGAAAACACUGCAAAUUGCAGAAGAAUUGAAGAAGGAAAAUGAAUUCAAAGAAAGAGAAUGUGCUGACCAAAUUGCUGUUGAAAUCCAAAAAGUAAAGCUUGAAAUGCAAGAACAAUUAGAAGAACUGAGCCCAAUCAAAGAUUUAUUGAGGAUCACUCAACAGAAGCUCAAGGAGACAGAGCAGAUGCAUAAUAUUGCCUUGGAAACCAUUGCAGAUAUAACUAAAAAGCUGGAGAAUGCCAACAACGAAGUUGAUACACUUAGAAAGAAAGUGGAUUCUGCCAAAACAGAUGGUGACCUAAAUAUUAACUUGAUGAACAGUUUAGAAAAUGCUGAUAAGAAACUGAAUGCCAUGGAGAAUGAAAAUGCACACUUGAAGGGAAUGGUGGGUCAGCUGGAGGGACUGCAGGUCAACCAGGCUCAAAAACUGGAAGAAAAAUCUCAUGAGUUGCUGCAGAUGACCCAGCAGCUGGAAACCCUUAGAGAAGAAUCAGCACGGCAGGUAGCCAGAGUGAAGGAGCGCAGUGAAAUGAUUCGUAAGUGUCUGCAGGCCCAGAUAGGUGAGAUGGAGAGAGAGGUGGCUACAUGUCGUGCCGCAACUGCAUUCGCCAACCGCGAGCGGGAUGAGGUAAGCUGAUAAACUGAUAUUGUAAUUUU